GCGAACAACAAACAGCAAGCAGAUGAGAUAACUUGUCACUAAAUGUUCGACCGACUGCUCGACUAACUCUUGCAAGACUUCCCCAUCAAGAUGUCUACCAGCUUCGACCAAGUUGAUGUAGGGGCUUCCGCACUCGAUGAGUGCCUCGGUAUUCAAUUCGAAAUGCCGCGUAGUCCCCAUGUGACCCUCGGUACUCAAUUUGAAAUAGAGCGGAGUGGCGCGGAUUUUGACUUGAGGGAUUUGAUCAAAUAUCGUCCGCAUGAUGUGGCUCACAAUGAUGAUUCGGAAAGAAGAGCCUUGAUAAACGACGAACCCUCAGAUCCUGCCGCGGUAGUGUUUGAGGUAUCACAGGAUCUUCUACACGUCGAAUUUGGGUCAAUGAGGAUCUUGCUUCGUGAAAUCUAUUACUCUGAGUUGCAGUACAGACGAUUCGCAUAUGUCCCUUACUACUUACUCUUCGUGUACGGGUUCGCUUGGGCACAAACGCUAUUAGCAGACAUCAAUGAAGAGACUGGCAUUCUGGGAAACGAUAUGUACAACUUGCGUUCAUCCCGACAGAUCAGCGGAGUAUCCAAGAUUGUUUGGCGCAUGACUCUAAAUGCAGCAUUGUAUUCGGGGCGUAAUUAUCUGCGUCCUGCUUUACUCGCUGGCCUCGGUAUAUCUGGACUGUGGUCUGUCUAUCGGGCGUGGAGGUUAGGAACUAUCAUUUGGUGCAGAUAUUCUUUGGAUGCUUUGGUCAAAAAGUUUGAGGCCGGCCAGUUGGAUGAACGGGAUGAUAGAGCAUUAGAGGGUCUCAAGUGGAAUAUGUUGUGGUAUAUCAACAUCAUGUUUUGUUAAGGUUUUGUCAAGGGAUAGCUGUGAUCAAGAAGCUCAGCCAUCGGCGAGUUCUCGUGAAGACGAUACAGCGAGCGCGCUCAGGCUUGUCAUCUCAUUGUUAGGAAAGCCACCUCUAGUAUGAAAAUUUGUCUCAGUAAUUUGCAACCGUCUGUAGUCUGUUAUUCAC